GUUCCGCUAAAAUUCUACAAAAAACAAUUCUAUAUAUAUAGCAUUUGCUUUUGUAUUAAAAAUGGAAAAAGCACAAGUUAUAGUUUGCGCUCUUGCUCUCAUUCUUGUCACGUCAAGUCCUUUUGUGUGUGGAGCACGCUUUUAUAAAAUCAAAGUUGAAGACUAUGCUCCAAUUAGCGUCAAUGAAAUUAAUGAUGAAGGCUAUGCUCCAGUUAGCAUCCUCAACGAUAUCAAAGAUCGCGACGAUGUUUCAUAUAGUGUUCUCAAUGAAACCAAUGAUGAAAAAGAUGCUCCAAUUAGUGUUCUAAGUGAAAUCAAUGAGGAAGGCUAUGCUCCAAUUAGCAUUCUCAAUGAAAUCAAUGAUGGUUACGACGUUCCAUAUAUUGUUCUCAGUGAAACCAAUGGUGAAAAAGAUGCUCCAAUUAGUGUUCUAAGGGAAACGAAUAAUGAAUUCUACUAUGCUCCAGUUAGCAUCCUCAAUGAAAUCAAUGAUGGUGGCGACGUUCCAUAUAGUGUUCUCAAUGAAACCGAUGAUGAAGAAGAUGCUCCAAUUAGUGUUUUAAGUGAAACCACUACUGAUGAAGGCUAUGCUCCAAUUAGCAUCCUAAAUGAAAUCAAUGAUGGUGAUAACUUUCCAUAUAGUGUCCUCAAUGAAGGCAACUAUGAAGGCUAUGCUCCCAUCAGUGUCCUCAAUUAAAAUAAUGUUGGAGAUCACAUGAUUCUCUAAUUAGCACCAACAAAAUAAAUGUUUAAGUGGAUGAUAUGCUCCAAUUAGCAUUAAAAAAAUAAAUGCCAUGCAUGAUUGACUGUGAGCGAAACAUUAUUCCAAUGUUGUGUUCGAAAAUAAUAUUUCAUUUUAUAUAGAAUAAUGAGGAACAAGCUAUUUCAAAUAUAAAUUGGACUUGUAAUAAUGGCAUCAUGUUACCGAAGUUAAUCAAUUAUAAUACUUCCU